AUGAUGACGUGCCGUCUGCUGUGCGCCCUGUUGCUGCUUGCCCUGUGCUACUGCCCGUCCGUGUGCGUGGCAGAAUCUGCUGGGCAUACUGAAGCUGAAGAUCGUGAGGCUGAGGCUGAGGGAAACGGCACCAGUUUAUUGCAGCCUUUAUCAAUGACUAAGUCUGAAGAUGAAGAUAUUGGAAAGGCUGCCAGUCCACAGUCCCUUGUACCAGAGGGACCACCUAAGGAGAUCGGUAACGCAGGGUCGCCAAGUAAGGAGUCUGGUGCGGAACAGGAAAGAGAUGCCGGAGCGGGACCGAGUUCGACCGAUGUUGUACCGCAACCAAAAGACGCAAAGAAUGCGGUACAGAUAAAAGAUAGUGGCGAUACGACAGGGUCACAAAAUAGCAGGAAUACACCCGCAGAAGAAGCAAAUCAGGAAGCCGAAGAUCCUGCCGAGACAACUACGACGACGACUACAACGUAUGCACCAACAACGACAACAACCACUACAACAAAGGGACCAACGACGACCACGACGACCACUGCGCCAGAGGCACCAAGUACUACGACUACAGGGGCGCCAACCACGACGACCACCCGCGCACCGUCACGUCUUCGCGAAACUGACGGCAGCCUCAGCAGCUCUGCGUGGGUGUUUGCCCCGCUGCUGCUCGCCGUAUCCGCGCUGGCGUACACCACUGUGGGCUGA